ACAAGAUGGAGGAAGUUGAUAAAAUCAUAAUCCACAAUUUGAAGUCUGUGGGCUGUGAUAUUGAAGAUGAUGUGGAGAGCCUGUUACAGUUCAAUACAGAGUUAAUCGUUGAAGCAACGGUAAAAUGCCUACGCGUCAUCAAUGGCAUCGAGUUGAGUGCCUCGUUGCCUCCCAGCAUGUCUGCAAAGUUUCGUGUUGGGACAAGUUUGGCUGGUGCUUUGACAGAUCUAGGCUACCGGGGAGAAAUUGGUUACCAGACUUUCCUUUAUUCCAAUGAAAAUGACAUCCGGAAGGUGUUUAUGUUCCUCAUUGAGAAGCUUCCUAAAGGCUCUGAGGAGACCACGGAUGAAGUUCUCGGUGGAUCUGCUUUACUGCAACGGGCAAUCGGCAGUGAGAUCAAGAAACGCUUGGCUAGUCCCUGGGUGCCGCCAUUCUGUAAAAAAGAUGGUGUCUCAUGGCGGGGGAGUCCAUCAUCGUGGCAGAGAGAGGGCUGCUGUAGUGUGCAGGGUUUUCAUGCAUCCUACCUGACCUCGCCAAGAGGAGUUGGUGACCUCACAAGAAAAAUACCAAAAGAUGUACGGACAUACUACAAGAAUGAGAUGAAAUUCAUCAGUCAGCAGCCACUCAAUCAUCAUGACCUUGCUCCAUCACUGAUCGAAGAAAAUGCUCGGUCAGUCACGGCUCAACAAGAUUGGGAGAAUGAGUGGAAUAGUGCUGGCCUGGCUUCAAGGUUGUCCCCUGAGGAGUACAAGGCAAGAAAACGACAGCGAUUGCAGAAGAGGAUCGCCGACAGCCUGCGACAAGGUGUCCAGAAGAGUGAGGCAUCUCGGUCAAUAACUCCUCAGGAUCUGGCAUCUGUUAUGAAUGCAAUCAGUGAUAAGACCAACCAAGGUGCUAGAACAAAGGGAUCACGGUUUACACACAUAGAGAAGUUACAAUUUGCUCAGGAUGAGGAGAAGACUGCUGCUCAGAUGGGCAUUGGUGAAGGACCGCGGGUUGACACGGAACAGGAGCAGCUGCAGAAACAAGGGGAAGAACUCAACCAACUGAAGGAGGACCUUGCUGAUGUCUCGGCAAAGUUCGAAGCCAUGGAACUAGAUGUGAAAAAGUUCACUGCUGGUACUCAACAGAUGCAGGAACAAUUCGGUGUGGUGAAAAGAUCAAACGAAGAAAAAGAGGAGAGUUACCGAGUGAAAAAGAGGACGCUUGACUUGUUACCAGAUGCUGAGAAUAAUAUAGCAAAGUUACAAGGUUUAGUUGAGACGAGUUCCCAGCGUCUAGUCAGCCUUGCUAAUCAAUGGGAGAAGCACAGGGCACCAUUAAUACUACAGUUUAGAGAGCUGAAGGAACUCAACGACAACAAAAUGUCUGAGACACAGAAGAGAUUGGAGGAUAUCAAGGAGCUUCGUGAGAAAAUGAAAGAGUUAGCUGACGACGCGAGGGAGAAGGAGGAAUUGCAGAAACAACUUGUGUCGGAAUAUGAGCGUAUGACCAAAGAUGUGAACAGAUCGGCUUAUACUCGUAGAAUCAUGGAAAUAGUCCAGAACAUCAAGAAACAGAAGGCUGAGAUAGAUAAGGUUCUUAUCGAUACCCGUGCUAUACAGAAAGAAAUCAAUCAGUUAUCAGGGAAACUCGAUCGAACAUUCACUGUCACAGAUGAAUUGAUAUUUAGGGAUGCAAAGAAAGAUGAAUCUGUGCGAAAGGCCUACAAGUACUUAGCAGCACUUCAUGAGAACUGCAACUCCCUCAUCAAAACUGUUGAAGAAACCGGCAGUAUCCUGCGGGAGAUUAGGGAACUAGAGGACCAGAUCGAGAAUGAGAGCAACGAUAAAAUAUUCGCCAAUUUAGAGAAAAUAACGUCUGAUUACCAACAGAUGAAGAAGGAAAAUACAGCGAUGUUGGCAAAGUUGAAAAAGUCAUAAAACUUUUUUAUCGUGAAGUUUGGUUCAGUGGACAUUGAGGGGAAGUGGAAUGUGAAGGGCAUCCUUCAGAGGCAUUGUGAAGUGACUGCCUCUUGAUGUUUUUGGUAUUUUAGAAAAAUGCCUGAAUGGAAUCCAUAAAAACUGUGCUCAAAAUAUGUAUUGAUUAUCAAAGCUGUGACUGUUAGUCUUAGCGUUGCAUGUGAUUGGUAAAAUGUAAGCGUGGUAUAUAUAUGGAUGGGUAUGGAUGAAAGCUCAUACUGCUGAGAGUCUUUCUGUACAUUUCCCCAUUUCCUUACACUGCUCCCAUGCUUUUGCUGCCUCCUGACCAUAUCAUUCUCCCAUACGUAUGUACCUAUCAUCAACUAUAGAUCAAGCUAUCCAUUAUUAGUAUCAUUCAUGUAUUGGCAGAAACCCAUUACUUCACUUUACAUUGAAGUCAUGGGUUGUGAGAAAUGAUCCCAUUCACCAAAUGGGAUUGUGUGUACAUGUAACUCUAAUAUAACCAGCAUUUGGGAUUCUAAUUUCUAGCAAUUGUAAAUGAUUUUGUAUUGAAUCAAAUCAAACGUAAUUAUGUGCUACAUUGUAUAUUAAUAAAGAGUAACUAAAGAGUGAA